UACCAGCUAAUCACCCUUCAUGAUAUACCUCAAAUUUCUCUUGGAUUAAUACAAUUUCUGCAAUAUGUUGUUGAGAGAGACAGAAGCCAGAGACCCAGAACAAAAAAUCCUUGGAGCUGUGUUGAGGAAAAUGGAGUACAUCUGGUCUGAGUGGACGUAAACAAGCUUGCAGAGCCCUUUUCCCUGUCUAAAGCUACUUCCCCAGAAGGUGUGUUCAGGAAAUGACAGAAGGGCUAUAAAGGGACCCCAAGAUGCUCAUCCCCUCACCUGCCUUUGGACAUGGCUGUGCAGAGCCUCCUGCAGUGCCUGGGCUCCAGCUCGCUGCUCUGUUUGGCAGCAGGGCUGUUUGCCCUCCUUUACUUUCUCUCUAGCUCCAAGAAGUCAGUGUGCAAUUUGCCCCCUGGGCCACGACCUCUUCCUCUGAUCGGGAACCUGAACGUGGUGGACCUGAAAAAGCCGUUCCAGUCACUGACAGAGCUCUCCAAGAUAUAUGGCAAUGUCUUCACGGUGCAUUUUGGACCCAGGAAGGUCGUGGUACUGGCUGGAUAUGAAACCAUCAAGGAUGCCCUUUUAAAUCAUGCUGAAGAGUUUGGAGAGAGGGCAGAAAUACCCAUAUUUAGAAAAAUGACACAAGGAAAUGGCAUAGCAUUCAGCCAUGGAGAGCUGUGGAAAACUAUGAGAAGAUUUACCUUGUCCACACUGCGAGAUUUUGGAAUGGGAAAGAGAACCCUUGAGAUCCGAAUCCUGGAGGAAGUAAAUUCCCUUAUCAAAUAUUUUGAAUCCUAUCAUGGCAAACCAUUUGAUACAAAAAUGAUACUCAACAAUGCUGUAUCCAAUGUCAUCUGCUCUAUAUUGUUUGGAGAGAGAUUUGAAUAUGAUGAUCCAGUAUUUCUAACUUUGCUGAAGCUGAUAAAUCAAAAUACAAAGCUGUUGGGCUCCCCUAUGGUGCAGUUAUAUAACUUCUACCCAUCCCUUGGAUUUCUGUCUGGAGCUUCCAAGACUGUACUACAAAAUAUCCUUGAACUGAAUGCUUUUCUCCAGAAGCUCUUCCAGGAACACAAAGAGGAGCUCAAUGAGAAUGACCUAACAGGCUUUGUCGAUGCCUUCCUGGUGAAGCAAAACCAGGAGUCAAAGAAACCACACACUGCAUUCAGCAAUGGAAACCUGAUGUUUUCAACCCUGGACCUCUUUGCUGCUGGGACUGAGACUACAUCCACAACUGUGCGCUGGGGGCUGCUGCUGAUGAUGAAAUACCCAGAAAUUCAGAGAAGGAUUCAGGAAGAAAUGAACCAUGUCAUUGAACCAGGAGAGCUACCUAAGUUGGAGGACAGGAAAAAAAUGCCGUACACAGAAGCAGUAAUACAUGAAAUACAAAGGUUUGCCAAUAUUGUCCCCAUGGGCGUAUCCCGAUCGACUCCCAGAGAUGUGAAUUUCCGAGGCUACGUGAUUCCUAAGGGUACUGAGAUUAUUCCACUGCUGACCUCUGCUCUGAAUGAUGAGUUACACUGGAAAACCCCGGAUCAGUUCAACCCUUCCCAUUUCCUUGAUGCCAAUGGGAACUUCAUUAGGAGAGAAGCAUUUAUUCCAUUCUCCAUAGGGCGAAGGGCUUGCCUUGGUGAAGGACUGGCCAGAAUGGAGCUGUUCCUCUUCUUUUCAGGCUUGCUCCGCAAAUUUGUUUUCCAGCCUCCUCCAGGAGUGGAGAAGUCAGACCUGGAUCUCACUGCUGAUGUCGGCUUUACCUUGACUCCCAUGCCUCACCUGGUUUGUGCUGUGCCCUGUGAAUGA